UGUAAAAGGAACGGGAAGUGCAGUUUCGUUCGCGAACUUAGUGGGUAACUACCCUAAGAACUCUAUGGUUUAAUUAUUUUCCGUGGUACUUACGUCAUUUAUUCGACGUUUCAGUUCUAUUUUCUAUUUGAUAAAUAGAAUUAAGCACAAUUUAAGGGUUUACGGGCGGUCAGCUCUUUGUGUUCUAGCAAUAUGUCUCUGAGCAUAUCUUCACGUUUGAAACUUCCUAAGAAAUUAGAAUUGAUGAAGUCGCAAAGUCAGGCACAGCUGUUGGCAAACAAAUUGAGAAAUGAUGGUGUUAUGAACACAGUGGAAAGUGUUAUGCAAGCUGUUGAUCAAGUUGCUGCAUUAUUGUCUUCAAACAUCAGUGAACCAAAUCUAUCAUUCAGGGAUAGUAUUGCUAAUUUGUGUCAACAUUUGAAAGUAUAUGGAGCUUAUUUGGAAAUGUUGUACACUGACCAACUCAAUCAUGCAUUCAAUAUAUUCAGAGACAAAGCUCAAGAGGACACAAGAGUUGACCAAUUAUCUCGAUUACAUUUGCUGGAGUUAAUAGAACUUAGGGCUAAAGGAUGGAAAGGUACAGAUGGAAUGAACCAGUAUUACAGGAAGAGAUUGAAUCAAUUCUCACAGAAUGACUCGAUGAUCGAGUCAACUAUUAGUUUGGCUGAUUCUUUAAACUCUAUGCCUUUAUCAUCUUCUUCUCCAAUGUUGAAUCCAGGCGAGGUCCUUAAAUCUUCAGGGAAAUUCUCCAAACCUACCAGAAUACCUGGUAAAAAAUACUGCAAGGAUGAAGUCGUCAUCAGAAAUGCAGAUUCAGGAAAAGUGAUGGGUAUCAAAGGAAGAAGGGUACAUAUGAUAGAGGAGCUUAGUGAAACUAUCAUUUCCUUUCAGAGAGUGAGUCCAGGUGCCAAAGAACGACUUGUGCAGAUAACAGGGGCUAAUGAAGAAAGUAUCUGUCUUGCAAGGCAAAUAAUGGAAGACACCAUUCGACGAAAUGCUUCCCCUGUGAGAGAACAUGGUAUGAUGGCAGGGGGCCCACUAACUGGUUCCAGUUCGAGUAUAAACUCGUCCGCAUCUGACGACAGUGCGUUGCCAUCCUCAGCGAGGGCUUCCAGGGCUCUAAUGCACAGUUUAAGUGUGAACGAUGCAAGUAUCGGGGAGUACAAGUAUUCUGUUGUAGUAGGCAGUCACACCAUCAGGAUAAUGGGUGACAAUUUGGAUUUGGUGAGGACCAGUAAAUUGGUGUUAGAUGAAUACUUCUCAGGGGAACCGAUAAACGAUGUGACUCAAUUUUAUAGUUUUGAUUCAUUGCCUCAGAGUGGUACCUCUACCAAUGAUUUAACGGAAAUCCCACUUUCACCUCCAGCAUCUCCUGUUCCAUCAACUGUUACACAAACAAGCCCUAAAGACCAGAAACAGCAACCAGAAGAUAAUGAAAAAGACACCGAUUUGAAAUUGAGAAAACCCCGUGUAUCAAUAGAAGAUAUUAUGAAGGGAAGAGUUGACUCAAUUGAAACGACUACGAAAAAAGAAAACCGUUUGGUUUAUUCGAUCGAAUAUUUAGCCAAAUUGGCUAUGUCACCGAUAUGCCUGAAACCGCCCCAGGACUGGGACAGAAUUUCUAAUGACUAUCCUGUUCUUGUGAGGCAGGUUAUUGAAUAUUUCAAUGCCAAGCAAUAUCUUAGUGACCGACAAAACGAAUCUCAGAAGGACACAAAUGAUAAUGUAAACAAGGUUGAAUAGUUGUCAUUAUCUGUUUCCAUGGAUAUUAUAAUUUAAAGACUUAUCAAAUACUCACCCAACUCAAAACUUUUCCAGAAAUAAUUUAAGAUUAUUUUUAUUUAACAAUUAAUUAGGAAACUGGAAAUUGGUCAGCAACUAUUUUGAAUUAAUUCAAUGUUUAUUAUCAAUUAACGCAAUCUUUGUUCACAUUUUUAUUACCUUAGAAUUUAAAAAUCCUCUAACUAUGUGAUAUAAAAGACACGGUACCAAAAUUUUCAAAAAUUAUAUAUUUUGUUCCUUAUGGAAAACCAAAGAAACUAUAUUGUUGUUAAUUCAAUCAGAAUAUUCUCAAAAAUAUUUUAGAAACUUGAUGAGAGAAAUUACAUUAAAUAUUUUCGAUAAAACUGUUAUUAUCUUGAAAAAAGUGUUUUCUAAACUGUUGACAUUUGUUUGUUUUUGACAUUUCUAAACUGAUUACUAUUAAAUCUCAAAAAGGAUGUUUUUUUUUGUUAUUAUAAACUCAUAAUACUGAGUUAAAUAAGAAAUUCGUAAGAUAUAUUUAUUGAGAUGUUAUGUGAGUUAAGUAAUGAGUAACUAGUUUGAAUGUUUUAGUUCAUUUUGUUGAUUUUUCUAAUUUCAAUGCCUUAUUUAUUCGCUUAAAAUAUAUGAGAUAUAUUAAUUUGUUUUUUACUGUGUUUAAUAAAUUCUUAUUUAUAAU